GUAUUUUCUGCGUGCUCAUCAAUGAUUCAAGGCUUCGUCUCAGAUUAUCCAGUUUAGUUGGGCCGGAUAAUUGUCAAUCAGUUUAGAUCUAUGAAAAAAGUAACGAACACUAAUUAUGAAGAGUCAGAAGUGCUGCGCUCACUGCCCAGGAAUGAAGAUCCGUCCAGAAACCAACGAAUCUCACGAAUGCUGCCAGCCCAAGUACGUUUCCGGGAACAUAAGAGUACCUUCUUUGACCAAUCACGUCACGGACUAUCCAGCCACACAGAAGAGGAACGAUCAUCCAAAACCGCCAACAGAAGAUCGACCCUCCUGCUACGACCAUUUUGCCAUGGCGAAGAAGCUCCACGCGGAGAACCUGGAGCAUCAGCCGUUGCCCGACAAAGUUGACGAUUCCGUGUUCAAGAACGUCACACUGAAGAGACCCUGUCGACGAUAUUUAGACGGAAAACGGUGCAGCUGUUGUAGUCAAGAAACCGACGAGAUCGCGGGGAAAUCGACCAAACAAUACAGAUCAAUCCUAGGCUGCAAAGAGCCAAAAACGAAGAUGGACUUGGCGAUUUGCUGGGACACCCCUGUAGAUCCUGUCUACGAGUCACCAAGAGCUACUCAUAUCGACGGUUCGGAAGGUGGACAAGCUCCGGCAAUUUUCACGUUGGUACAACGUAGCUUGAGCUCCCCCAACUGUAUUCGUUCCAGUGGCAAUAACGAGGAUUGCUAUCGACCAAGCCAUUCCCAGAACGAUGAUCAUGAAAGAAGAUCAUGUUACGAUUGUAGCUGCAAGAACCUGAACGGGAUGAAAAUUUCGAAGAAGGAUCGACCGGAAGAACGAACCAGAAGUGCUACUUUCCGAAAAUGUGUGGCCUGCGAGCAGAGAAACUUUAAGGAUGAUCCUAGACAGACCAAGUCCGCCGUGGGGCUAGCGUUAGGUGUCGAAAGAAGGGGGAACGAUCAGGAAAGGAGAACGGCAGUGUCAAGACCAAAGACUCCUUUCGCUAGGAGGUCCUUUUCUAUCGAUACUCUGGUUCCUCCCCUCAGUGUUAUGAAAGGACAAAGGGACGCUGAUUACCCGGAGCACUGGAGACUCAUGUCGGUUUACCAACAGUCUUACAGAAACCCGUAUAGGCGGAGGGACUAUCGUUGCUAG